AUGGCGACACACCGGUUUGACCCCAACUUCACCGACAAUGUCAUCGGUGCAAUGGGUCCUAAGACUUCACCGCGUCUACGCCAGCUCAUGACCGGCCUUAUUCAGCAUGUUCAUGACUUUGCGCGCGAGAACGAGCUUACCGUGGAUGAGUGGAUGGCUGGUGUGAAGAUGCUGAACUGGGCUGGCCAGAUGAGUGACGAUAAGCGCAAUGAGGGGCAACUCGUUUGCGACGUGAUCGGACUGGAGUCUCUCGUUGAUGAAAUUACAUUCAAGCUUGCCGAUGAAGCCCCAGAUGCGCCCACCGCAACCGCUAUUCUGGGCCCGUUCUUCCGCGCCGAUACCCCAUACCGUGAAAAUGGCAGCGACAUUGUGGUCACCAAGCCCAAGGACGCCGAGAUGACUUUCAUGCAAGGCCGUGUUAUGGACUUUGAGACUAAGAAGCCCCUCGUCGAUGCGACGGUCGAGGUGUGGCAAGCUUCCACAAAUGGACUCUACGAGCAACAAGACGACAACCAGGUCGAGUUUAAUCUGCGUGGCAAGUUUAAGACCGAUGCCGAUGGCCGUUAUUACUUCUACUGCUUGCGACCGACACCUUAUCCUGUCCCCGACGAUGGACCUGCUGGCAAGAUGCUCCAGCUGAUGGACCGCCACCCCUUCCGCCCUGCUCACAUCCACAUUCUUGCCACCCGCGACGGAUACCGCCCUCUAACAACUCAGAUCUUCGACCGCAAGGACAAAUAUCUAGACAAUGAUUCUGUAUUCGCCGUCAAAGACUCCCUGAUUGUGGACUUUAUCGAGCGCAAGGAUGAUCCUCAAGCUGGUCUUGAGCUCAACUACGAUGUCAAGCUCGUAAAAGACGCAUGA